AUGGCAGGCAUUACGGACAAAUGGGUCCGACAUCUGAGGACUCGCGAUCGCCAGGACAAGGCAGACUCACACUCUUUUACGUGCGAUAUCUGCGGCGACGAAAUCAAGACGUUAGAAGCUUGGCUCGAACAUACCAAAUCCGAUCAGGAGCAUGAGGAAAAGUGGCCGACGCUGGAAGCAGCGCAGCUAUCAUACGUUCACAAGGGGAAACGACGUGCAGACACCACCAAUGGGACCGCAGGGGACCAGACCACAACGGGCACUGCAGUCGAUCAAGACCGAGAUGCCGAUGGCCACCAGGCAAAGCGUCGGUCGCCUGAGCCGGGCGCCCCAGGCCGUAGCCGUGCCCGUAAUGACCACCGGAACGACUACGGGGGUCGGCCCCACCAGAACACAUCAGGCCGCCAGCUCUGGACCUCCGAUGAUGGUGUUCAGCAAAAGUCACAGGGUCCGGGGCGAGCUGUCUCCCUUGGUUCGCCCAGGCAAGGGCCUACCAAGGCAAACAGACCUACCCAGACAGCCACACAACAGGUCAACCGUCCUUCAUCCAAUGAUGAUGACUCCACCUCCAAGAUGAUGCGUCAGCCAGAGACCAGACCCAUCUCACAAGAUCAGCUUGUCGCAGAGGUCAAAGGGAUCUACGCAGGACUGGUCAUGGUUGAGACAAAGUGCAUCGAAGUUGACAAUGCCCAAUCUUCCAACACUGAUGCCAAUUCAAAACUUAACAACGAACAAUGGCAGGCUUUGAUUGCACUUCACCGUACACUCCUCCAUGAGCAUCAUGAUUUCUUUCUUGCAAGCCAACACCCCUCUGCCAGUCCUGCUCUGCGAAGGUUAGCAUCCAAGUAUGCUAUGCCGGCUCGCAUGUGGCGACACGGCAUUCACUCGUUUCUUGAGCUUCUCAGACAUCGUCUUCCUGCCUCUCUAGAGCACAUGCUCACCUUUUUGUACUUGGCUUACAGUAUGAUGGCCUUGCUAUACGAAACUGUGCCUGCUUUUGAAGACACGUGGAUUGAGUGCCUUGGAGACCUUGGUAGAUAUCGCAUGGCCAUUGAGGACGACGAUAUCAGAGACCGUGAGGUGUGGACUGGCGUAAGUCGUCACUGGUACAGCAAAGCAUCUGAUAAGUCCCCUACUACGGGUAGACUUUAUCACCAUUUGGCCAUCUUGGCCCGUCCCAAUGCCCUGCAGCAGCUGUACUACUACACCAAGUCCCUCUGUGUUCCCAUUCCUUUUUCAAGCGCACGAGAAAGUAUAAUGACGUUGUUUGAUCCUGUGUUGAACAACAAUACGGCCCGUCUUGCCCCCGUUGAUGCUGCGUAUGUGCGUGCUCAUGCCAUUCUCUUUUCUGGGAAGUCCCAGGACCAGCUUGAAGAGUCUAUAGAGAGCUUCAUUGAUCAGCUGGAUAGCCAUAUUGGUCGGUCGCCUAAGCGAUGGCUGGAAUCAGGAUACCACAUUGCCAUUUCUCAGUCCUGUUCUCUACUUGGAUACGGCGCUGAGUCCAAUGUUCUUAUGCGGGCCAUGUCAAAGAAGCCCGAAGAGACUGACGUCACCAUGGAUGGGAACACAAUUUCCGAGGCCACCCCUGACGAGACAUUCAAGCUUGCGCUUGACUUUGCAACCCGGACGAUUUCACGAGUUCUUUAUCGCUGGGGAGACACCAAUACGUUGCCUUUCGUGCAUUCCAUCCUGGUCUUCAUGAAUCACAUGUCACAGUAUCCAGCGGCUAUUUCCCAUUUGGAGGACGCGUAUCCCUGGAAACUAACUUCCAUUAUGCUGAACACCCUCUUGCUUUCCUGCGAGCCUGGGUAUGAGAUCCAUAGCCACUUCCGCCUGCCGGAAAAGGACCAGCUCCCGCACCCAUUGCCCGAGGACUUUGCCAUGCGAGGCCUCGUCUACGCCGAGGACUAUUUCCCCAACGGAUGGUUCAGUAAUGACAAGAUAGACGAAGAUGAGAAGUACUUUGAGUUGCCGUCUGUAUCAGAAGAGCGCAAGGGCCGCAUCCUGUCUCUUGGAUACAGGAUUGCAUCCUCAGGUAACUGGCUUCUCUGGAAUGAAAAGACUCGCCAAUUCGAGGUCCCAGAAAAGUAUAACGUCAAGAUAAAUCUGGACAACAGGCAAAAGGACAACGCCGAGUAA